UCGAGCGUGGAAUGUGCAUUCAGUGUUCCUUGAGGUGACUGUCAAACAUGGGGGCACGCGUUGCACGGUUGUUUAGGAAUUUUAACUUAGAAAACCGAGUACAUCGUGAGAUUGGGAAGGCAAAACCUGAAGCGGCACCUCGACAUCUGACCCACAUUGAUCCUGUUCAGAGUACAGAGGUUGCUGAGAUCAAUGAUGCCAUCCACAAGAGAAACGACCCCCUCCUGGGGUUGCUGAAGUCGGUUUAUGUGGAAUCAAAGGAUCCUACAGAGGCUCCAAAGGAGGUGACUGAGGAGAAUGUGGAGGAGCGCAGACCACUGAAGUUCAGCCUACCUGGGGACCCCUAUGGGAUUGUGGAGAUCACCGAUGUCCCCAAAGGCAAACUGUCUAUUGUUGAGGCCCUAAAAGCUCUUAACAAUCACAAGAAGGCUCCCCAAACAUGGACAUUGGAGAAUGUCGCCCAGGAGUACUCUCUUGACUUGAAAGACACUAAAGCACUUCUAGAGCAUUUCAUCCCCUUCGAGGUUAAGAUCAUACCCCCCAAGACAAAGGACGAUGCAAAGCAGAUCAAAGAUACCUAGGACGAAGAUGCAGUAUUCCUGGCCUUUAAAGACAACGGCUAUCAGCCAAGUGAAUUAUUUAUUUAUGUAAAUGUACUUGAAGGUUGUCUGCUCUGCUUCAAGGUUCAGUCUUGGAAUGGAGAAAGUGUGGAAUUAUUAGUUUUUCGUCCAAAUGAAACUGCAAUAUUUUGAGUGUUAAAUACUGUAACGAAACGAGGGAGAAGCAUGAGGUUCCGAGGCAUGAUUUAAACCCAGUACACUAGUGUUCAGAGCCAGACACGUUACCGCUACUCCAAGUUACCGCUACUCCAAGUUACCGCUACUCCAAGUUACCGCUACUCCAAGAAAGCUAGCUUCAUUGUGGGAGUGGUAAUCAGUGUUAUAACUGGCAAGGUCGUAACAAUACUCCAUAUGAUUGUGUAAAUCUCAAUACACCUUUAAUAAUGACUAAAUCAACCAAUUAUAUAAUUGUAUGAAUGAUGUGAUAUUGGCCUGCAAAUCCAUUCAUACUACUUUGCUAAUUACGUUUUCAUCAAGGCCAUCCCUGUAUCACAAAACUGACAGUAAAUUGACUGUCACUUGCUAAUUUGGCAUAUUUCUACAAAUCUCAAUGUACUCUCCUCUACAAUUGUUUAUUUAUAUAAACCAAUGUUAUGUGUUUUUGUAAUUCCUGUUAAGAUUGGAAAACUAGUACUGUAUCAUGAUUAUAUACACUACAUGGCCAAAAGUAUGUGGACACCUACUCGUCGAACAUCUCAUUCUAAAAUCAUGAGCAUUAAU